AUGGCGGAUCGGACAGCUCCCAGAUGCCAGCUCCGGCUGGAGUGGGUAUACGGGUACCGGGGUCACCAGUGCCGCAACAACCUGUACUACACCGCCGGCAAGGAGGUGGUCUACUUUGUAGCUGGAGUAGGGGUGGUGUACAACACCCGAGAGCACAGCCAAAAAUUCUUCCUGGGACACAACGACGACAUUAUCAGCCUUGCCUUACACCCAGAUAAAACUCUGAUUGCAACUGGCCAAGUUGGGAAGGAGCCAUAUAUAUGCAUAUGGGAUUCCUAUAAUGUCCAUACUGUGUCUAUUCUUAAAGAUGUCCAUACACAUGGAGUUGCAUGCCUGGCUUUUGACUCGGAUGGACAGCAUUUAGCCUCUGUGGGAUUGGAUGCCAAAAACACAGUCUGCAUUUGGGACUGGAGAAAGGGAAAGCUUCUGGCCUCGGCUACUGGCCAUUCUGACCGGAUUUUUGAUAUUUCCUGGGAUCCAUAUCAGCCAAAUAGAAUGGUUAGCUGUGGUGUGAAGCAUAUAAAGUUUUGGACACUAUGUGGAAAUGCCCUGACUGCAAAAAGAGGGAUAUUUGGCAAAACAGGAGAUCUUCAGACUAUCCUUUGCCUUGCAUGUGCCAAAGAAGACAUCACAUACUCUGGUGCUUUAAAUGGUGACAUCUACGUCUGGAAAGGGCUCACCUUAGUCCGCACUAUUCAAGGAGCACAUAGUGCUGGAAUCUUCAGUCUGUAUGCUUGUGAAGAGGGUUUUGCUACUGGUGGCCGAGACGGUUGCAUACGAUUAUGGGACACUGAUUUCAAACCAAUAACCAAAAUUGAUCUCAGGGAGACGGAGCAAGGAUAUAAAGGUCUCUCUAUUAGGAGUGUGUGCUGGAAAGCUGACCGUCUUCUAGCAGGAACCCAGGACAGUGAGAUAUUUGAAGUCAUCGUUCGAGAGCGGGAUAAGCCAAUGCUCAUCCUUCAGGGCCACUGCGAGGGGGAACUCUGGGCUCUGGCCUUGCACCCCAAGAAGCCUCUGGCUGUGACAGGCAGUGAUGAUCGCUCUGUCAGGCUGUGGAGUCUGGCCGACCAUGCCUUGAUCGCCCGCUGCAAUAUGGAGGAAGCAGUUCGUAGUGUAUCCUUCAGCCCGGAUGGAUCUCAGUUGGCCCUGGGCAUGAAGGACGGCUCUUUCAUCGUCCUCCGAGUCAGAGAUAUGACAGAAGUGGUCCACAUCAAGGACAGGAAGGAAGUCAUCCAUGAGAUGAAAUUCUCCCCAGAUGGCUCUUACCUCGCAGUAGGAUCCAAUGACGGGCCUGUAGAUGUCUACGCUGUUGCCCAGCGCUAUAAGAAGAUAGGAGAAUGUAACAAGUCCCUCAGUUUCAUCACUCACAUAGACUGGUCUCUGGAUAGUAAAUACUUGCAAACCAACGACGGUGCUGGGGAGAGACUGUUCUACAAAAUGCCAUCAGGGAAGCCUUUAACAAGUAAAGAAGAAAUCAAGGGGAUUCCCUGGGCCUCCUGGACAUGUGUGAGAGGCCCUGAAGUGAGUGGAAUUUGGCCCAAAUACACUGAGGUUAUUGACAUCAAUUCAGUGGACGCCAAUUAUAACAGUUCAGUGUUGGUGUCUGGAGAUGAUUUUGGACUGGUCAAAUUGUUCAAAUUUCCUUGUCUCAAGAAAGGAGCCAAAUUUCGAAAGUAUGUGGGCCACUCUGCACAUGUCACAAAUGUCCGUUGGUCUCAUGAUUUCCAGUGGGUGUUGAGCACAGGAGGAGCCGAUCACUCUGUUUUCCAGUGGAGAUUUAUCCCAGAGGCAGUCAGCAGUGGCACGUUGGAAACCACACCCCAGGCAGGUGGUGCCGACUCCUACAGUGAAGAAUCUGAUUCAGACUUCUCUGAUGUUCCAGAACUGGACUCUGAUAUCGAGCAAGAAACUCAGAUCAAUUACGAUCGCCAGGUUUACAAAGAAGAUCUACCUCAGCUAAAGCAACAAAGUAAAGAGAAAAACCACGCAGUGCCAUUCCUGAAGAGGGAGAAGGCUCCCGAGGACAGCCUGAAACUGCAGUUCAUACAUGGUUACAGAGGCUAUGACUGUAGAAACAAUCUGUUCUACACGCAAGCUGGAGAAGUGGUGUACCACAUUGCUGCGGUUGCUGUGGUAUACAACAGGCAACAGCAUACCCAGAGGCUCUACCUGGGGCAUGAUGAUGACAUUCUCAGCCUGACCAUCCAUCCGGUGAAGGACUAUGUGGCUACUGGACAGGUUGGAAGAGACCCUGCUGUCCAUGUGUGGGACACUCAGACUCUAAAAUGCUUGUCAUUAUUGAAGGGGUACCAUCAGAGAGGAGUGUGUGCUCUGGAUUUUUCAGCUGAUGGAAAAUGCCUCGUGUCGGUUGGUUUAGAUGAUUUUCACAGUGUUGUGUUUUGGGACUGGAAAAAGGGAGAGAAGAUAGCCACAACCAGGGGACACAAAGAUAAAAUAUUUGUGGUGAAGUGUAAUCCACACCAUGUUGACAAGUUGGUAACAGUUGGGAUUAAGCAUAUCAAGUUCUGGCAACAAGCAGGUGGGGGCUUCACCUCUAAAAGAGGAAGUUUUGGAAGUGCUGGAAAGUUAGAAACAAUGAUGUGUGUUUCUUAUGGGCGAAUGGAAGAUCUGGUGUUCUCAGGUGCUGCCACUGGAGAUAUUUUUAUCUGGAAGGAUGUUCUGCUGCUCAAGACAGUGAAGGCUCAUGAUGGGCCUGUGUUUGCUAUGUAUGCAUUGGACAAGGGCUUUGUAACAGGAGGAAAGGAUGGAAUUGUGGAACUCUGGGAUGAUAUGUUUGAAAGAUGCUUGAAGACUUAUGCCAUCAAAAGGGCUGCAUUGUCAACCAGCUCAAAAGUACCCGGUAAAGAUCUAGGUACAGUGACAUGCAUCUCGAGCUCCAAGGCUGGGGGCUGGAGAUGGGCAGAGACAGGUGUUUCCCUGGAGUUCACUGUCAGACAGCCUUGCCAAAUCACCAAGGAGCUCUUUUCAAAGCUUAAGGGACACAUGGAAGGGGAGGUGUGGGGGCUGGCAGCACACCCUCUCCUGCCCAUCUGUGCGACAGUAAGUGAUGACAAAACACUUCGGAUCUGGGAAUUAUCCUCCCAGCACCGCAUGCUGGCAGUACGGAAACUUAAAAAAGGAGGAAGAUGUUGUGCCUUCUCCCCUGAUGGGAAAGCCUUAGCAGUCGGAUUGAAUGAUGGAAGUUUCUUGGUGGUGAAUGCUGACACCGUGGAAGACAUGCUCUCCUUCCAUCACAGAAAAGAAAUGAUCUCUGACAUAAAAUUUUCAAAAGAUACAGGAAAAUACCUUGCUGUGGCAUCCCAUGAUAACUUCGUGGAUAUUUACAAUGUGCUUACAAGCAAGAGGGUUGGCAUCUGUAAAGGAGCCUCUAGUUACAUCACACACAUUGACUGGGACUCAAGAGGGAAAUUAUUGCAAGUUAAUUCAGGUGCCAAAGAACAGCUUUUCUUUGAAGCUCCAAGAGGCAGAAGACACACAAUAAGGCCGUCAGAGAUUGAGAAGAUGGAAUGGGACACGUGGACCUGUGUCCUGGGGCCCACCUGUGAAGGAAUCUGGCCUGCUCACAGCGAUGUGACAGAUGUCAAUGCUGCCAGUCUUACCAAAGAUGGCUCCCUCUUAGCCACUGGGGAUGACUUUGGUUUUGUGAAGCUUUUUUCAUAUCCUGUCAAGGGACAGCAUGCAAGAUUUAAGAAGUAUGUGGGGCACAGCGCACACGUCACCAAUGUGAGGUGGCUACACAACGACUCUGUGCUGCUCACAGUAGGAGGUGCUGACACAGCCUUGAUGAUCUGGACCAGAGAAUUUGUGGGGACACAAGAGAGCAAGCUGGUUGAUAGUGAGGAGUCAGACACAGAUGCAGAAGAAGAUGGAGGCUAUGACAGUGAUGUUGCUAGAGAGAAAGCCAUUGACUAUACCACCAAGAUCUAUGCUGUGAGCAUCAGGGAAAUGGAGGGCACCAAACCACACCAGCAGCUAAAAGAGGUGUCCAUGGAAGAAAGGCAGGGAAUUGUCAAGGGAUCCAGACCACCCGUUAGCCGUGCAGCUCCCCAGCCUGAGAAACUCCAGAAGAACAACAUCACCAAAAAAAAGAAGCUGGUUGAGGAGCUGGCUCUGGACCACGUGUUUGGCUACCGAGGAUUUGACUGCCGCAACAAUCUGCAUUACCUUAAUGACGGUGCCGACAUCAUUUUCCACACUGCGGCCACUGGCAUCGUGCAGAACCUCUCUACAGGCAGCCAGAGCUUCUACCUGGAGCACACGGAUGACAUCCUCUGCCUCACAGUGAAUCAGCACCCAAAGUACAGAAAUGUGGUGGCCACCAGCCAGAUAGGUGACACCGCAGAGAGCACAGGGACAACACCUUCAAUUCAUAUCUGGGAUGCAAUGACCAAACACACCCUUUCCAUGCUGCGGUGCUUCCACACCAAGGGGGUGAAUUACAUCAACUUCAGUGCAACCGGGAAGCUCCUGGUGUCCGUGGGCGUGGAUCCAGAGCACACCAUUACUGUCUGGAGAUGGCAAGAAGGUACCAAGGUUGCCAGCCGAGGGGGUCACCUGGAACGAAUAUUUGUGGUGGAAUUUCGCCCUGACUCAGACACACAGUUUGUAUCUGUUGGAGUCAAACAUAUGAAGUUCUGGACUCUAGCGGGAAGCGCUCUGCUAUACAAGAAAGGGGUCAUCGGGUCCAUGGAAGCCGCCAAGAUGCAGACGAUGCUGUCCGUGGCUUUUGGUGCUAACAACCUCACUUUUACUGGUGCCAUCAAUGGAGAUGUCUAUGUGUGGAAGGAGUACUUCCUCAUCCGGCUGGUGGCCAAGGCUCACACAGGUCCUGUUUUUACAAUGUACACCACCCUCCGAGACGGGCUUAUUGUGACUGGAGGAAAAGAACGGCCGACUAAGGAAGGAGGAGCUGUAAAGUUGUGGGACCAGGAGAUGAAGCGCUGUCGGGCCUUCCAGCUGGAAACAGGGCAGCUAGUGGAGUGUGUGCGCUCGGUGUGCCGCGGCAAGGGAAAAAUCUUAGUAGGAACCAAAGAUGGUGAAAUAAUUGAAGUCGGGGAAAAAAGUGCCGCUUCCAACAUCCUGACUGACGGCCACAUGGAGGGGGAAAUCUGGGGCCUAGCCACACACCCUUCCAAGGACAUGUUCAUCUCAGCUAGCAAUGAUGGCACAGCAAGGAUCUGGGACCUGGCUGACAAGAAACUGUUAAACAAGGUGAACCUGGGCCAUGCGGCCAGGUGUGCAGCCUAUAGCCCCGAUGGGGAGAUGGUGGCCAUUGGCAUGAAGAAUGGCGAGUUCGUCAUCUUGCUGGUGAACAGCCUGAAAGUUUGGGGGAAAAAACGAGACCGGAAAUCUGCCAUCCAAGAUAUCAGAAUCAGCCCAGACAACAGAUUCUUAGCUGUGGGUUCUUCGGAGCACACGGUUGACUUCUAUGACCUUACUCAGGGCACAAGUCUGAACCGCAUUGGCUACUGCAAAGACAUCCCAAGCUUUGUCAUUCAGAUGGACUUUUCUGCGGACAGCAAAUACAUUCAGGUGUCAACAGGAACCUAUAAGCGCCAAGUCCAUGAAGUUCCCCUGGGGAAGCAGGUAACUGAAGCCAUGGUCAUUGAGAAGAUAACCUGGGCUUCCUGGACAAGUGUUCUUGGAGAUGAAGUCAUUGGAAUCUGGCCACGAAAUGCAGACAAGGCUGAUGUCAACUGUGCAUGUGUGACCCAUGCUGGCUUGAACAUUGUCACAGGGGAUGACUUUGGGCUGGUGAAGCUCUUUGAUUUUCCAUGCACAGAAAAAUUCGCCAAGCAUAAACGUUACUUUGGUCACUCUGCUCAUGUGACGAACAUCCGUUUCUCUUACGAUGACAAGUAUGUGGUCAGCACCGGAGGAGACGACUGCAGUGUAUUUGUGUGGCGAUGUCUGUAAACACCAGAACCCCAUGGCUGCUUCUCCCAAGCUACUUGCAGUAUAGGGGCACCUCCUCGAUGCCAACUACUGUGGGACACACAAGCU